AUGCCUGACGUUCCUAAGCUCCACCCCGAAGUCACAUGGGCCCAGCGCUCCUCCUCCACGGAAGCGGAGCGCAACUACCUCUACGUGAACAUCAAGGCGCCCGAUGUCCCCAAGUCCGAGGCUAAGCUGAACAUCACGCCGACCACGGUCUCUUUCUCCGGACCCUCCAAGAAGGGCGUACAAUAUGACGUCGAGCUGGAGCUGUAUGCCGAGAUCGACCCUGAGAACUCCAAGGUGAACCACAGCGACCGUGAGGUUGAGCUGGUUCUGCGGAAGAAGGAGCUCAAGGAGGAGUACUGGCCCCGUCUGCUGAAGACGACUCAGAAGAUUCAUUUCCUGAAGACCGACUUCGACAAGUGGGUCGACGAAGACGAGCAGGAUGAGGCUGCUGAUGAUGACUACGCCAACAACUUCGGUGAUUUCGGAGGCCUUGGUGGUGACCAGGGUGGUCUUGGAAACAUUGACUUCUCUAAGUUGGGCGCCGGCCUUGAGGGCAUGGGUGGCAUGCCUGGUAUGGAUGCCGCUGGUGCUGCUGGCGACGACGAAGGGGAGGAUGAGAUGCCUGAGCUGGAAGAGGCCGACGACAAGGCUGAGGGGUCAGCCAAGUCCAAGAUCCAGGAGGUUUCCUAA